CUCAGUGACGCCCGGGGCCGCCUCCUGCCCAGGUCUGAACGCUCCUGGCGGGGGUGCGGUCGUGCAAUCGGAAGCGGAGCGGAUUGCACGCUUCCGACAGCCGCUACUCGACCGCUCACCCCGCCCGGUGCCCUCCCCGAACACCUCUGGGGUCGCCGCCUGUGGUCCUUGGAGUCCCCUUCCCACACCAGUCAUGCCUUUAAGCCGCACUCUGUCCAUGUCCUCCCUGCCGGGGCUGGAUGACUGGGAGGAUGAAUUCGACUUGGAGAACACCGUGCUCUUCGAGGUGGCCUGGGAGGUGGCCAACAAGGUGGGUGGCAUCUACACGGUGCUGCAGACGAAGGCAAAGGUGACAGGAGAUGAGUGGGGCGACAACUACUAUCUGGUGGGACCGUACACGGAGCAGGGUGUGAGGACACAGGUGGAGCUGAUUGAACCCCCGACCCCCGCCCUGAAGAGGACGCUGGACUCCAUGAAUAGCAAAGGCUGCAAGGUGUAUUUUGGGCGCUGGCUGAUCGAAGGGGGCCCCCUGGUGGUACUCCUGGAUGUGGGUGCCUCUGCGUGGGCCCUGGAGCGCUGGAAAGGAGAGCUCUGGGACACUUGUAAUAUUGGGGUGCCCUGGUACGACCGGGAGGCCAACGAUGCUGUCUUGUUUGGCUUCCUCACCACCUGGUUUCUGGGCGAGUUCCUGGCCCAGAGCGAAGACAAGCCCCAUGUGGUCGCCCACUUCCACGAGUGGCUGGCAGGCAUCGGGCUGUGUCUUUGCCGUGCCCGGCGACUGCCUGUGGCCACCAUCUUUACCACUCAUGCCACACUGCUGGGGAGGUACCUGUGUGCCGGAGCCGUGGACUUCUACAACAACCUGGAGAAUUUCAACGUGGACAAGGAAGCAGGUGAGAGGCAAAUCUAUCAUCGCUACUGCAUGGAGCGAGCAGCAGCCCACUGUGCUCACGUCUUCACUACCGUCUCCCAGAUCACUGCCAUCGAGGCUCAACACCUGCUCAAGAGGAAACCAGACAUUGUGACCCCCAAUGGACUGAACGUGAAGAAGUUCUCUGCUAUGCACGAGUUCCAGAACCUCCAUGCACAGAGCAAAGCUAGGAUCCAGGAGUUUGUGCGGGGCCACUUUUAUGGGCACCUUGAUUUCAACUUGGACAAGACCUUGUAUUUCUUCAUUGCUGGCCGCUAUGAGUUCUCCAACAAGGGGGCUGACGUCUUCCUGGAGGCCUUGGCUCGGCUCAACUAUCUACUCAGAGUGAACGGCAGUGAACAGACAGUGGUGGCCUUCUUCAUCAUGCCGGCUCGGACCAACAAUUUCAACGUGGAGACCCUGAAGGGUCAAGCGGUGCGCAAGCAGCUUUGGGAUACCGCCAACACGGUGAAGGAGAAAUUCGGGAGGAAGCUCUAUGAAUCCCUACUGGUGGGGAGCCUCCCAGACAUGAAUAAAAUGCUGGACAAAGAAGACUUCACUAUCAUGAAGAGGGCCAUCUUUGCCACACAGCGGCAGUCUUUCCCCCCUGUGUGCACCCACAAUAUGCUGGAUGACUCUUCGGACCCCAUCCUGACCACCAUCCGCCGGAUCGGCCUCUUCAACAGUAGUGCUGACAGGGUGAAGGUAAUUUUCCACCCUGAGUUUCUCUCCUCCACCAGCCCACUGCUCCCUGUGGACUAUGAGGAGUUUGUCCGUGGCUGCCACCUUGGGGUUUUCCCAUCCUACUACGAACCUUGGGGUUACACACCAGCUGAGUGCACUGUUAUGGGGAUCCCCAGCAUCUCCACCAACCUCUCCGGUUUUGGCUGCUUCAUGGAAGAGCAUAUUGCAGACCCUUCAGCUUACGGCAUCUAUAUCCUGGACCGGCGUUUCCGCAGCCUGGAUGAUUCUUGCUCGCAGCUCACGUCCUUCCUCUACAGCUUCUGCCAGCAGAGCAGGCGACAGCGCAUCAUCCAGCGGAACCGCACGGAGCGCCUCUCCGACCUUUUGGAUUGGAAAUAUCUAGGCCGGUACUACAUGUCUGCGCGACACAUGGCGCUGGCCAAGGCUUUUCCUGAUCACUUCACGUAUGAGCCCCACGAGGCCGAAGCGACCCAGGGGUACCGCUACCCACGGCCGGCCUCAGUGCCUCCAUCGCCCUCGCUGUCACGACACUCGAGCCCGCACCAGAGUGAGGAUGAGGAAGAGCCUCGGGAUGGGCUACUGGAAGAUGGCGAGCGUUAUGAUGAAGAGGAGGAGGCCGCCAAGGACCGGCGGAACAUCCGCGCGCCCGAGUGGCCGCGCCGCAGCUCCUGCGCCUCGUCCACGGGCGCGAGCAAGCGCAGUAACUCCGUGGACACGGCGCCCUCCAGUCUGGUCAGCACGCCCAGUGAACCCCUCAGCCCCGCCAGCUCCCUGGGUGAGGAGCGCAACUAAGCCCUCUGCCCCGCACUCCCCACCUGCUCCCACCACAUCCCUUCGUCUUCAGGGGGCGCAUGCGCGGUGAACCCCACUCCAAAUCCAGAGUAGGGGACCCACAUUUGUGUAGGGCCACACACAGCCCAGUCCUUUCUGCCAUACACUCCAGCCCCCUUCCUUCCCCCCAACUCCACAGUCCGCAACGCUGUGCCUUUCUUGGACUUCAGAAUGCAUUCAUUACCUGUGCCCUGGAGUCCCCUCUGCCAGGCUUGGCCUGGAUCCUAGUCGCCUCGCCAGGAAUCUGCCAUUCUGCCUGGAGCCACAGUGCUUAGUACCCCUGACCUGUUGCUUUCCAGGUUGGAGGGUCCUAGAGCCCUUUGGGGGCUCGCAAACCCCACAGCAUACAGAAUAUGCAGGGCUCAGGCCUGGGGACCACCAGGAUUUGGAAACCAUCCUUUCCUGGAACAGCUAACUCCAGAGCUAGGACUAUUUCAGGGACUGAAGGGAAUGCAGGUGGUCUUCCAUUUCAACUCAGAACUCAGGAUCCCAUGGGCUGGCCUUCCUGGGGGUCCAAGUCUUUCUGGAAGACUCCCAAGUCUUGCUCUUCUCCCCAACAUUUUAUCUAAGCUGGGGGGGGGGGGGUGGCCAAACCAUGUGGUCUCACACACACACACACACACACACCCCAAUCCCUUCUGUAGAGCACACAGUCUCAGUGUAGACAUUUUUUCUGGCGUUUUCUGGGCCAGAUUCUACUCUGAGUCUGAGCUCUCUCUUGUGUCUUGAGAGUCUUCUUGUACCCACCAGACUCCUGCUGAGGACAGAGGUGGCUGCCUGGCCCUUCCUCUGACCCCUCAACCCACCAUGAAACCACUGGAUCCUCACUUCCUGCUGUUGGAUCUAGAACCUUACCACUGUGCACCCGCUGGUUCCCUUUCCCAUGACCUUGAACUGAGUCUACUGGGUUGGUGAAACCCCACAAUUACCUCAAAUCUUUUCCAUCCCCCAGCUUCCAUGGAAGGGAGGGGCCCCUCAUGUGUGCUGUGCUAUCUGAAGAAAUGCUUGGUUUGCUAUUGGGAGGGGGGAAAGGCAGAUCCGUAUAAUUCGAGUUGUGUCCAGAGAU